AUGAUGGUGCAUUGUGCGGGCUGCGAGAGGCCGAUUUUGGACCGGUUCCUGCUGAACGUCUUGGACAGGGCAUGGCACAUCAAAUGCGUCCAGUGCUGCGAGUGCAAGUGCAACCUGACCGAGAAAUGCUUCUCCCGGGAAGGCAAACUCUACUGCAAAAAUGACUUUUUCAGGAGGUUUGGUACCAAAUGCGCCGGCUGCUCCCAAGGCAUCUCCCCCAGCGACCUCGUCCGGAAAGCCCGGAAUAAAGUCUUUCACCUGAACUGUUUCACCUGCAUGGUCUGCAACAAGCAGCUCUCCACGGGCGAGGAACUCUAUAUCAUAGACGAAAACAAAUUUGUUUGCAAAGAGGAUUAUUUGAACUCUCCCAGUUUGAAGGAAAGCAGCCUCAACUCAGUGUCCUCAUGUACAGACAGGAGUUUGUCCCCGGAUCUCCAGGACCCCAUGCAGGACGACACCAAGGAGACGGACAACUCAACCUCCUCGGACAAGGAGACCACCAACAACGAGAACGAGGAGCAGAACUCGGGCACCAAGCGGAGGGGGCCCCGCACCACCAUUAAAGCCAAGCAGCUGGAGACCCUCAAAGCUGCCUUCGCCGCCACCCCCAAACCCACCCGCCACAUCCGAGAGCAGCUGGCCCAGGAGACCGGCCUCAACAUGAGAGUCAUCCAGGUCUGGUUCCAGAACCGUCGGUCCAAGGAGCGGCGGAUGAAGCAGCUGAGCGCGCUGGGUGCCCGCCGGCACGCCUUCUUCCGCAGCCCGCGCAGGAUGCGGCCCCUCGGCGGCCGCCUCGACGAGUCCGAGAUGCUCGGCUCGACGCCCUACACGUACUACGGAGAUUACCAAGGUGACUACUAUGGACCGGGAGGCAACUAUGACUUUUUCCCCCACGGGCCGCCCUCCCAAGCCCAGUCCCCGGCCGACUCCAGCUACCUUCAGAACUCAGGACCCGGCUCCACGCCCCUGGGACCCUUGGAGCCCCCCCUAAGCGGACACCACUCCUCAGAAAACCAAAGGUACACGGAUAUGAUCUCGCAUCCCGACACCCCCAGCCCCGAGCCGGGGAUGACCGGUUCGCUGCACCCCAUCCCGGGGGAGGUCUUCAGUGGGGGGCCCAGCCCGCCCUUCUCCAUGUCCAGCAAUAGCGGCUACAGCGGGGCCCUCUCGCACCCCAACCCGGAGCUCAGCGAGGCGGCGGUGUGGUAG